UUCUUCUUUUCUUUUACUACACAUGGGUCGGAAUAAUAAUACUGAUGAGGAGGAGGAGGAGGAGCACUUCAGCUUCGAUCAGUUCCCUCCCUUUUAUACGUUACAACCAAACCUUACUGUUAGGAAAAGGCAGAUAGCACUUUGGAGGGAUAGGGUUUUAAAGAUAUGUCGAGAACAACGAUUGAGUUACCUCAAUAUACACUCUGGACAACAAGAAGAAGAACAGCAGGAAAGAAGAGUAUUUGGUAAUGAACAUAUACAUAGACAGUUGGAUAUAGAGGGUAUUAGAGCAGUAUUGAAUGAUCUAGUCUUAACUGAUAAUGGACGAUGGUGUGAUGCAUCUCAGACACGAUUUAUGGUCCUAUGGCAUACCCCUGCUGAAUGGUCUCAGAUAAUUUACGAUUGGGUUAUUAAUACGGGUAAGUUAGGCUCGGUUGAGACUGUAUUCUCAAUACAUAGUGGAGAGGAUGCCAUAGGAACAGAAUUCUAUGGUCUACCCCCUGAGGUAAUCAUGCUGGCUUUAGACAAACUCGAUCUAAGUGGUAAAUGUGAGAUAUUUAAAGGGAACACUACUGAUGCUACUGGUGUUAAGUUCUUUACUAGUAAUGCUUUGUAGAUGAUUUCUUAUAC